ACUGACACUUGCUUUGUUUACAUUCCUCGUACGGGAAAAAACAAUAACCAGAAGCGGCGUUUUGCGGAAAAUUCCCUCCAGCAUUUAGAAUGGAAGUGGAAACAACAAAACCCUGCUUCAAAAGCAAAGAUCUCUCCGAGGUGAAUCCCAUGGGAAAGAAGCGACAGUGGAAAUCGUUGAAGCAAAUUUUAGCCCACGAGAAAACCCUGCCGUGGAAGGAGUCUGACAUUACCUAUUCAUCAGUAAACGCUCCACCUUCGCUAAAGCCGGCGAAAAAGUAUUCCGACAUUUCCGGCCUGAUUGCACCGUACACGGAUCCACACUCGAAGCUGCGGUACCACAACGUGGAGGAGUACCAAACCAUCCGCACCUUUCCGAUGGACCUUACCGCCGGCUACUUGGCGCUGCGUGGUGCUACGAGUAUUGUGUAAUAGCGCUAGGAAACACUCUUUAUUAAGUAUUAAAUCUUCCUUUAUUUGCGAAGAUCCAAAUUCGACAAUCUUACAAACCUAA